AUGGCGCUCGUAAUUACGUCAGCGCAAGCGAUUCAUAUCGAGGAGCUUGGGGCUCCCACACGCGCGAAGCGUCCAGAUUUCAAGGAAACGAGGCGCACGAUAGUCAUCAGCAAGCACACCACGGGACCACGCAGGCCAGCACUAUCAGUUGUGAAGCGUACCGUCUUGGAACAGGAGACCGCUGUCAGUUCGAGUACUCCUGACAUGGAGUUAGAAGUCGGCAACGUCGUCCGGAGACUGGAUGAUUUUAUCGCCAGAGACAUGACGGUGUCGGACGAACUGGAUCUCUCCGCUGACGAUGUGCUGGAGGGCUUGGACGGUGACCUCGGCUUGCUGUGACACAGCUGGAUAUUUCAUGAUUGACUUGGCAUAGCGCUCCUGAACGAUGGAAUCGCACAUUUUCCGUCGCCUAGUGGCAGUGCUGUCCCCAGAUAUUGGUGUGCACAAGCGCUAAGCCAUCUGAUCCACGUGCAUAACUUCCUGGACCCCAUUCCUCAUUUUAUUAUUUUUUGGAGUAAUGACGAUGAAGAAAGUUCCAUGGUAGCAUUGCUCAACCUACACUGAAUCAAGUACAACGAGGUGUUGAAUGAAUCGUCGACUCAUCUUGGAACGCAGCAACGCCGGAGGGACGAGUGUUCUCAGGGUUUGGCUAUAGUGAAUUUACGCGGUAGUUUUCUUUUGUGCGCAUAUCUUUGCACUUCGUAUUGUUUUUCUUUUUUGGAAUGAGCUUAUAAUUUUCUUUUUGUAGUUGCUGCGUUAUAGCAUCCUGUUCUUGUAAUAUAGCAUUCAAUUGUGUUCUUUUUUUUACUUUUUUACCUCUGGUGUACAUAAUUGUACAUACACGCAAUAACAACGUUUCAUCGUGUGUGUGAGACUGUGAGUUCUGUGGGCCGUUCUGUAUGUUUGUAUAGUCGUUAAUAUAGAUAGGGCUGACGAGUUCACUUGUUCAAGCAGUGUAGAGGACGUGGCGUCUGGUUUAUAGGAAGCGUAAGCUUCGAUCUGUUACAUGGCGGUAUGCAAAAACAGUAAAUGUAGCGUAGAGUGUUUAUUCAGCGUGUAAGUGGUUGCGCUUCGAAUGACGAUUUCGUUUCACGUAAUUGUUUGUUGCGCACAGCGCAAAAACAAACAAAAAAGGGUUUUGUAUCGAAUGCGUCAGGUGAUGAAUAGGAAGAAUAUGUGUAUUCUUUCUUUUUCUGAAAGUGUACCUAAAGCUAGUUCUAAUUUUUACAUUUUUUUGUACGUUCAUUAAACAUUUAUGUGAACUUCAAAUUACGGAAGUGCAAUAUCUGAAGCGCACACCAGUCUGUUAUUUUGUGCCCUUGUCAGUUUUGUGUUGCGUGCCGUGAUACGGCGUUUCAUUGAGUGCAAAUUUUGUCUGGUUUUGCUAUUUUCAUAUGUUGAUGAAUGAUUUUGAAGUUCAUCCUCGUCUGUUUCUCACCGUUUUUUUUUAGUUUUCUUUUUCUGCCGGACUACCUUGAGAGUUUUCAUUUGAACGCGACUGCAUGUUCAGUCCGUGUUUUCAUCGUGAAUCGAGCAAAGAUGUUGAAACGGUUUAGGUUAAGCUCGAUCGAUUUCUUUAUUGUGUACAAAUAAAUUAUACAGUGCGCGCA